AUGGGGGAAACACGGUGCAGUUGUGAUACGAGCAGCCUCUGCAACUUUUUUCUUCCUUUCGUAUGUCAUGUCGCACAUGAGUCGCCCACCGUAUUCCAAGACUGCAGUCACGAAGCUUAA